AUGCCGGGCCCUAUUAUGUCGUACAACAAGCUUGCAAUUGUUAGUGGCGUGUUUGUCAUCAUAUGCAUUCUCAUAAUUUCAACAACAGCCGGGCUGCACGAGAGCGGUUCCAAGGUGGUCGAGAAGAUUAAAGAAUCAGCCAAGGAGGCAGCCAACGAUGUUUGCAAUAAUGAUCGUCCGGUGUUUGGGAAGCCCACGAUCAGCGACUCCUUUCUCAGGCUCUACGAAUCCAUACGGCAUCCCAUAGACGAUCCGUCAUAUACCGACGCCUCAGGAAAAGUACACGAGGUGAAAGAGGAUGCGCCAUGGUGGAGAGAGGCGCUCAGGAACGAAAUCCUGAUUGUCGACAUUGAUACCAGGGUGCCUGACAAGAAGAAUGAGCUUUGGAACAAAGACCGUUUGAACUGGGAGACGAUGAAGUCGGAGGGUGAUGGUGGCAUGGUCAGCGCGGCUUUCAUGAACCACUUCUUCUACGCGCAAAUACACGGCUACGACUACCGCUUUAUCAACGCGCACGACAUGGAAGGAAUGCACAACACAUGGGUCAAGCCGCACGUUCUCCACGCUCUCCUCAAGAAGUACAAAUUCGUAAUCUUCAUCGACGCCGAUGCCACGAUCCAGCACCUCGAAGUCCCGGUCGAAUGGCUGUUUAAUCGCUGGGGUAUCACACCUGAAACCAGCAUUGCCAUGCCCUUCGAUACGCGACAGACGCUCAACGGUGACGAACACGCCUCCGAAGACAGCCGCGGAAAGCUUGCCCUCAACACUGGUGUCGUGAUUGCGCAAUCACUCCCACACACCUUCGAGAUGCUAGACGCAUGGAAAGAGUGCCCGACUGGUGUGCGCUAUCCAGAUUGCAAACAAUGGGCUCAAGCGUGGUCACACGAGCAGAAGGCUUUUUCGGAAUACAUACGAUACGAUUUCAAUCCCAACGGUACCAAUAUUAUCGAGAUACCGUGCAACGAUGCGAUGGGAUACCCUGGCCUGACGGAGCAUUCAUGGAUUACGAGCAAGUGUACAGGCCAGUUCAUCAGACACCACACCAUCGACAAGCAGCGCACGAAGCAAAGUACCGAGGCGGCUAUGAUGCAGAGCUUAACUGAUCUGCUACACCAGGAGCUGCAUGGGAAGCGGGAUACGUAUUUCGUGAAGGAGAAGGAGGCCAAGAAGACAAAGGCUGGCGGAAACGAGCCUGAUCUUAUAGGUCUCACAAGUAGUAAAUGA